UUUCCUCACUAACAUAUGAGCUGUAUGUGUUUACACUCCUUUCAGAGUAACAUUGAAGAGGUGGAUCCCAGGAGCCGGACGCCUCUGCACCUGGCCGUCUCACUAGGACACUUGGAGUCAGUGAGAGUGCUGCUCAGACACGGCGCAGAUGUUUCCAAAGAGAACGACAAAAAUUGGACAGUGCUGCAGGAAGCAGUCAGCACAGGAGAUCCAGAGAUGGUGCAGCUGGUGCUCCAGCGACGAGAUUACCGUAAAGCCUCCACUGCGCUGGGUGGCGUUCCAGAGUUACUGUGCAAGAUCCGAGAGUCUCCAGAUUUCUACAUGGAGAUGAAGUGGGAGUUCACUAGCUGGAUUCCUCUCGUAUCGCGUGUGUGUCCCAGCGACGUGUGCAGAAUCUGGAAGAGUGGGGCCUGUCUGAGGGUGGAUACCACCCUGCUGGGCUUUGAAAACAUGACCUGGAUCAGAGGAAGGAGAAGUUAUAUCUUUAGAGGAGAAGACAACUGCACUGAGCUGAUGGACGUUAAUCACGAGGACGAGGUGGUGGACACUGAGCGCUUCGAUCUCUCCCGCGAGAUGGAGGACGUCACACUGGACUCCAUGCAGCCCGCCGAACAGGAAGUAGCCAAGAGGCUGACAACACCCAUUGUCAACACGUAUCUGGACACAAAGAACAUUGCAUUUGAGAGGUCUAAAUCCGGUAUCUGGGGUUGGAGGUCAGACAGAGCAGAAGUAGUAAAUGGAUUUGAAGCCAAGGUUUUUUCAGUGAACAAUGUGAACGUUGUGAUUCGCACCAGGACGGAGCACCUCACAGACGAGGAGAAGGCCAGGAUAAAAAGUGAAAGGAAUGUUCUGGAGUCUUUACUCGGGACAGUAGAGCAACAGAUCGGUGCUCAAGGGGACAUGACUAUGGAGUAUGCCACUGCCACAAACCCCACAGCUAUUACUCCAGAGGAGUACUUUAACCCCAACUUUGACCUUCAGGGCAGAGACAUCGGUCGGCCCAUUGAGCUCACCAUCAGAACACAGAAGUUUAAAGGCACCCUGUGGAUGAGUGAAGAGCAUCCUCUGUCUCUGGUAGAGCAGGUCACUCCCAUCAUUGACCUGAUGGCUCGCACCAGCACUCACUUUGCCCGACUCAGGGACUUCAUCAACCUCAGGUUUCCCCCUGGCUUCCCUGUGAAGAUCGAAAUCCCUCUGUUCCAUGUGUUGAAUGCCCGCAUCACAUUUGGAAACGUCAACGAGUGCAGUACAGAUGAACCUUUGGACUCCAACCAAUCAGCUUCUACACCCACACCUACAGAAGAGAAGUGUGACAGCCAGGCUUCAGGACCUGCUCCAUUCAAGGUGUGUCCAUCUGUGUUCGUGGCACCUUCGCACUAUCACCACCGAGGGGGCUACCGCCACUCCAACACACGCCGUUACAACCCAGCCAGUCAUGAUGAAGAGCUGCUCCAGUACGCCAUUCACCAGAGUCUGCUCGAGUCCAGUGCACUCAAUUCACAGGACACUUGGAGUGAUUCUGAUGGACAGGCAACACAAUCCAUGAUGAAUCGGUUGAGCGAUGGGUACCUUUCAUGUUUCCAUAAUAAUUUGUCCAGGGGCCCCUGUGUUAGAUGUGAGCGCUUGUCAUGGCGCCUCAUCUGCACUCCCUUCUCAGCAGACCUUCGAGUGCCAUGUGCUGGCAGAGGAAAGCUGUAUGUCAGCAGUGGUUUGAGGCAGUGUGCCGUCUGUGGGAAUAAAAUCAUGAUUUUUAGUGAGAUCACAUGUGGAAGUGAAGGAAAUAUCCGUUUCGAAGAAGCUGACUCUGGCCUUUGA